GCUGGAGGCUGCCUGGGAAGCUGGAGCAUCCCUGUUUUGCUACCCACCGACCCCAGCACCAGUGAACAAAAAGAAGCAAAGCCCAAGCUUUAUGUUGACUAUCUGAGCAGACAUGGGAUGCAGGUGGGGAGGGAUUGGUCAUCCAUCGCUGAGUUAGCUGACCGGGGCUUUUUUAAUUCAACACUACAUCCAACACUAUGGCUAAACAGUACGAUGUUCUCUUCCGACUCCUGCUUCUCGGAGAUUCUGGGGUUGGGAAAACAUGUUUGUUGUGCAGAUUCACGGACAACGAAUUUCACCCGUCUCACAUCUCCACCAUCGGAGUCGACUUCAAAAUGAAGACACUAGUAAUAGAUGGUAUCAAAGUACGGACACAGAUAUGGGACACUGCGGGCCAGGAAAGGUACCAGACUAUAACUAAGCAGUACUACAGACGAGCACAGGGAAUCUUCCUGGUGUAUGAUAUCACGAGUGAGCGAUCUUUCCAACACAUCAUGAAGUGGGCCAGUGAUGUGGACGAGUAUGCUCCGGACAAGGUCCAGAAGAUCCUCGUAGGGAACAAGUCAGAUGACGUGGACAAAAGGCAGGUGGCCACAGAGCAAGGUAUCAAGUUGGCUAAGGCGUAUGGAAUGGACUUCUUUGAGACAAGUGCCUUCACCAACCAUAACAUAACAGAGACUUUCACACGAUUGGCUGAACAGGUGCUGGCGGCCAAUAAAAAGGACUUGGAUCUUCUCCGGAUGUCUGUUAAUGACGAGCUUAAUCUUUCUGCUCUGGAGGAAGAGGAGGGACUCGGUGACAGCGCGGCGGACGACCAACCCAAAGGCUGCUGGUGUUAAAGAGAUAGCAUACAUUUUUGUUGAAUAUAUGUCAUCACCACACACUUUGCACACUUGGAAAAAUAUGUGUCUCCUUUUGUAUUAGGCCUAUAUACAGACACACGCAUAGCUACAAUUUUGAAACCAGCUACGCCACCCCCUCCCCCCUGGUUCACGGAGCAAUGCCAAAACAUGAGCCAUUAGAGAGCAGCUCCAAGGGCAAAGGUGGAAACAUUUUGCCAUAAAGUGCAAUGUUUGUGGUGAAUUAACUAACCGAAGGUCACAAUGUCAAAGUUCCCCUCAGUGGGACAGAAUGUUCUUUAUCUAAAGCAGUUCCUGCUCAGUUCAGUGUGUCUUUGAUGUAACCAGAUGCAGUUCCUGUCCACUACGAAUUCAGCAAUUGACAUAAAGUUGAAAAGACUAGAUACAAAACCUCAAAACUUCCAGAAGAGCUGGAAAAGAAGAAUUUAUCAUCUUUUCUUUACAGAGUUUUUACAGCAGUCCGGAUGCAGAGGAUAGGGAAUGACUUUGAACUCUUCACAGCUGACUUGAAAAUUUUUAAUUUUCUGAUAUGCCUUGCACACAACAAUAUGACUGAUUACUCUUGUCCUCCACCUCUUUAGUAUUUUCCUUUAUGUGAGCAUCAACACUCAUGCAGCCCUAGCCUUUUUACCUUUGAAUGCAUUAGAUAUAGUGUAAGAAAUCACCACAAGAGGGCGCUAUAUGCAUUGCAGAAACAGCUCACACACACUGGAGAGUUGUUCAGUGUUAAGUUAUACUCAGACACGCUUUCUUCUUUCCUUAGCUGUCUGAUUUUGGUUGUAGUUCGACUGGCAAUGGCUACUUUAAAUGAAAGGAUCCUUAAUAUAUGCAGCCAUGUCAUUAUUUUGCUUUAAAAUUUCCAUGCAAAUGUUGUCUACACAGGAAGUUUGCAACUUGUAAUAUCUUUGCAUUAAGUGGUCACAUGUACCUGACUAAGGCAUUGAGAGGGAGGGAAACGUUGCAAGCAGAAUUGGUCCAUUUCCCUGUAGCAAAACUGAAGAUUUUUUUUAUUUUAUAGUUUGUUAAUAGCAGAAAAUAUCCUAUCGUUGGAUGGUUUGAUAACUGCCCAUCACUGCAUUGUACAUACCAGGUUUUUCACAGCAUUGUAGACUGAUAAAAUCUUGAUGGGAACAUCAUUAAUUUAACGUAUUACCAUUAGAGGGCUGUAUAAAAAAAAAAGUCCGCAGUGAUAAUUUAGAUGGUCUGAAAUAUUCCCUCCGUGAAUAUAAUAAUGUCUUUGGUCAUUCUGUCCUCACUGUUUUGUACAGAGUCCAGUGGAGAUGCCAUUUCUCCGUUCCCCUCAGAUUUCACAAGGGACAAGCGAGAGUUUUGCAUGCGAUUCACUCUUCUUUCCUUUCUUUUAUUGCAACUUCAAUGAAGUUAAUAAUCAGCUGAUCGUAAUACAAGUAUAGCAUUUGACCAGAGUUGCCUGUUGGAGACUUACUCAGAGUGACCAUCAUAGGACAAACUUUGGCUUUUUUUUUGCAACUUAGUAUUACUAAAUGCUACUCAAAACAACUGUUUCUGUGUGCACUGUGUGAAAUGGCAGUGUGUUGUACUGAAUGAUGUUCUGGAUACACAAUGUAUCUGUGUUGUUUGCAAGAACUUUUCUUUUUUCUUUUAGACUAAUUGUAUUUGUGGAAAUAUAUUACAUGCAACAUGUAACAUUCAACAUGUUAUUCCUGGAGAAAAGAUGUCAGAUGUUUAUGAGUAAA